AUGUACUUCAAAUCUGCCAUCGUUGGCACCCUAAUACCGCUUCUCGGGGCGACUACCACCUACGGCGCACCUACUUCGACUUGUAGCAACUCGUCAAUCGAAAUCCCACCUGCAUCGAACCAGCCCACGGGGAAUCCGUCAGGGUGUAAUCAUACCACGCACUUCUUCCCACAGAAGCUCUACCAUACAGGGAAUAGCUCUUCCAACAAAACAUUCCUCCAGCAAUACCAGCUUAUCACCGACUUCUACCGCCCAGGGGGGCCAAUCCUGUUCUAUCAAGGAGCGGAGACUGCGGCCUUCAUUUGUGCUGAGCAAAUUUCAAUCUUCGACUUCGCGAAGACGCUUGGUGCUCUCGUGGUAUCCAUCGAACACCGAUACUUUGGAAUAAGCAUACCAUACGGACUCAAGUGGGAAGAGAAUCCAGUUUGGCCAACUGAGUCCCUCGAUCCUCUUACAAUCGAAAACGUCUCCCUCGAUACGAUUUCUCUACUUCGUUGGGUCAAGAAGACUGUCCCUGGUGCUGAGGAUAGUAAGGCCAUUCUCUUCGGUGGGUCGUACGCGGGAUUCUUGACUGUUCAUAACAAGAAUACCUACUCGGAUUUCUUCGGUGCGCUUGCAUCGUCUCCACCGAUUAUUGGACAAGUCAGCGACCCGAAUGAUCCUCUCAUUAACGGCAUCGGAAACCAGGCCAGCAGCAUCUACGGCCAACUAUCCGCAGAGGGUGCCUUUCGGAUCCAGAAGUCAUUUGAUGGCGUUCGUCGUCGCAUUGCUCAAAACGAUAUAUCCGACAUGAAAGAAAAAUAUAACCUCUGCACGGCACCCCGCACUCUUGCAAAUGCUACGUAUGUCUUAGAGGGCUUCCUCAACGCCUUUAGCUUCAUAGCGGAAUUCAACUGGCCACCCGCGGUGUUUGACCCGAGCAUCACCAUCGCGUACCCCGCCGAGGCCGCAAUCAACGAGAUCGCGGCCCUCGAAGCACCCUUCGAAGAUUCGGAGCCUAUCCGCAUCGGCGUGAAAUACUGGGGCCAAGCCAACGGCGCCAAAUGCCUUGACUGGGAGACCACAAUCCGCGGCGACGGCAGUGUGCCGUACUCCUGGAUCCGAUGCCAUUACCUCAAGCACCCGGACGCGUUUACGUCGGAGGGCAGUAUCUUCGGCUACCUACCCCCGGAUAAGAGUGCCAAGAACGCCCUGGACGCGCGCUGCCAGUCCGACUUCAGCAUCGACGCGACGGAUGGCGGACUCGCGCAUCAGCAGAAGCUCAAGACUAGUUUAGAGGAUGUGGUUAACGGCCAGCGUCUGGUUGUUAGUACGGGCGAGUAUGAUAGUGCGACGGGCGCUACGUUCCCCCGUUGGGCGCCGGGCCCGGCGUUUAAUGAUACGAAACCUUUCUUCGUCUCGAGGGCUGCGCAUAUUGCGGAUUUGUUGAGGGAGACAAAGUUCGAUCGUGAGGGUGUGAAGGAUGCGAGACGGGCCGAGUUGGAGGUUAUUAAGGGGUGGCUGGGGUCUGAGGCGUAA